AAAUAGCAAACUAUCAAUCAAUUGCUGAAAGACAUGCGACUAUAUAUGAUCAUGAGUAUCAUCAGGUGUGAUCUCUCCAACACAAAUCAAGGAGCAAAGGAAGCGAAUGAUUCACAAGAAAAGAAAUAUGUGGAAGAAAGAGGUAAGCAAAGAAAGGUUCAAGAAAAAGGGAAUCAACGAAGGAGAAUGAGAUAGAUCAAGGGAAAAAGGUAAAAAGAAAGAUCACACAGUGAUUAGAAAUUAUGGGGUAUCCAAGAAACGAAGUAUGGUGCCCACAUAGAGCCGGUGGAAAAAGCAAUCAUGAGAUGCAAGUUCCGCUCAAUCAACAAGAAACUUGCAGACCCAACAGAGAAGGAGAAAGAUGAAGCAAACAGGAGAUAAGGAGGGAAAGAACGGAAAUACCAGGAGUCACGACUCGAGAUCUGGUCAGACGGGUGGAUUUGGCAAAUGCAAAAAAAAAAGGUAAAGGAAGCAAGAGAAAAGAAGAGAAGGAAGAAAGAAAAAAAAAAAAA